CCCCCCCCCCUAGAGCGUUACGUAAUUUGUGAAUGGCGCCUUACCUGUUUGUGAAAAUUAACAAACAUAAUCAUUCCGUAUUCGCACUUCGUGCGGUUCAAACGCUCUUCAAUAAACCUUCUGUUCCGUUAUUUGCUCAACCGCGAGUUUCCUUUUUUGAAGUUCCCGUUUGUCCCUUCAAGAAAGAGUGACGUACUGAUUUUGAUGCUACAAUUCACCUUUGAGCCAUGUAUGUAAAAAGCGUUUUGAUUCGUACCGAUGUGAAACCAACAGAUUAGUAAAAGCCAAAAAAUUGCAGUAUUGAAUUCGCACUAGGUGCUUCGAUGACCCGGCCAUGCUGAUAAGUAAGUAGAGACUUUUCGUUUUAGCUGGUGCAGUAUUCCCAUGAACUGAUAGCAUCGACAUAGAGUAAGACAAAAUUGUCUACGUUUGAUUUCCUCUCUCAGUGUUCUGGAUGAUCUCGAUAAGUUAGGUUUUCUUAAGUGCGAAUGAAAAGAAGUGUCAGUCGUUACAGUAAAAAAACACGAUGAACGCGUUGAUCGUUCUAAUGUGUAGUAUUUUUGCUAUAGCAAACGGCCGGGAUGCCAGUGUGAUCAUCAUUGGACCGAGAUACAUCCACCCUACACAACCGUAUAUUGUGGCGUUGGCCAAUCCUUACAGUUCAGAUGUGAGUGUGAAUCUCACCUUAAGUUGUGACGAUAGAACUCCUUCUCAGUUAAGUGAAACUCUCAAGACACAGAGUGUUGAGCGUUACUCUUUAAUGGUUCCAAAUGGAGUCAACACUGGCAGUGAAUGUUCCUUUGCGGCCGUCAACAAUGGUGGAAAGAUAAGUGUGGACCAAGAAGUCGAGCUAAGUGUUGCACGGAAGACACUGUCGAUAUUCAUUCUUACGGACAAACCCAUCUACAAGCCGGGCGAUAUAGUAAGAUUUCGGGUGAUUGUACUCGAUAUGGCGACAAAGCCUGUCAAACAUAUUAGGUAAAAGUAUCCAGAUCGACUUGGAAGACAGCCGAGAGGAAUCCCGGAAGCAGUGGACGCGAGCAGUGCUUUGCCAAGGAAUUUUUACAACCAGUCACAGACUGCCGUCCAGUCCGGCACUGGGCAACUGGAUCAUUAAGGUCACCGCAAAUGAUGGCGUCAUUCCCAACGUGAAGUUGCAGCAGUUCGAGGUUCGAGAAUACGUACUGCCUAAGUUUAUCAUCAAUGUGGCAGCUUUUCCCAUUCCGCUAAUAUCUGACAAUGAGAUCAGCUUGAUGAUCGAAGCAAACUACACAUUCGGACGUCCAGUCCGGGGAACCAUUAUUGUACAACUGUGCACCGAUGAUGAUUCACAUGUAGUAACUCACAGUGAUAGAAGGCGCUUUGAUGGAAAGGAUGUUUUCCUGUUCAAGCUCAAGGAGGAACUCGAUGCGGAUUAUGAUAAUGGUUAUGCCAUGGUGCGGGCGAACGUUUCGCUGACUGACGAAUUUUUCGAUUCCACGUCAAACGUAUCGAAGGAAAUUCCUGUGUUCAUUAACCCGUAUAAGAUUACCAUUAUUAGGGGCGAGAAAUACUACCGUCCAGGGGUUGCAUAUAACUGCGAAUUGUCUGUCGAGGAUCACUAUGGAUAUUCAGUAAGAAACAAGAUCAUAACAGUAAGGACCGACGACAGCAAAUAUAAAAUUAAAGAAGUGGCAGCAAAGUUGAACGAUCAGGGAAUAGCAACUUUAGAACUUCCCAUGCCAGAUGAGUUUGACUCUGUAGCGAUAUCGGUUGUCUUUGAAAACAGAGAAUACAGAGAUAUUCGGAUAAUCGAUGGCUAUGCACCCGCAUCAACUCAAUAUCUACAAAUUUCCAUGCACGAAAGAAAUGUAAAGGACUCGACUGUGUCAUUUAUCGUUAGGUCAAACGAGAAGUUCUCUCAUUUGUAUUACUUUGUUACAAGCCGAGGAAACAUUUUGUUGGCCAAACAUGAACGCUUUCCUAACACAGUGAAUCAUACGAUCAAUUUUAAACUUACCGUAGCUAUGACGAUGCAGUCUAAACUAGUUGUCUACACACUCAAUUCCGGUGACUGGAUUUCAGAAGAUUUUGAUCUGGACUAUUUUACCAAUGAAGUCUCAUAUGCACUUGAAGAACACACAGUUCAACCAAAUCAAUAUAUUGAAAUAGCUGUCACAGCGGCGGAAGAUUCGUAUGUCGCUUUUCAGGCAAUCGACCAAGGAGUUCUUCUGCUGGGAUACGAAGGAUUCGGAUUAACAAAGGAGCAUGUUCUUAAAGAUCUUGAUGAGUACACUACUGGAGGCAUUUAUUCCGACAUGAGUUAUUUUGAUUCUUUUGGUCUGUUCAUGAGAACUGAUUUCAAAAUUCACGAUCAAUCAAGCCGCACAAAGCGUUCUACUCACCAGACAAGACGUCAACCGCGUGUGAAACCCACAUCAUUCGCAAUCGGUUAUGCUGAAUCGUGGCUGUGGAAGAAUUACACAAUGAACAAUCAGAAGAUGCUGACCAUAUCUGACGUGGUGCCUAAGACACUCACUUCCUGGCUUGUGUCGGGCUUUGCCCUGAGCCCUACUCGAGGCUUGGGACUGAUAAAGGCGCCAGUGAAACUAACUGUAUCCAAGCCAUUCUACAUUAUUUCCAACCUUCCGUACUCGAUCAAACGUUUUGAAGUUGUCCGGAUACAGACGACCUUGUUCAACUUUUUGACCGAUUUGUUGCCGACAAACGUCACCUUAUACAACCUGUGUGGCGAGUUUGAAUUUGUAGAUCGGACAUCAUAUGACGGAAUACUUGGCAAACAAGCAAUUGUGGUGCCGUACGGUCAACCAACAUCAGCUUCGUUUCUGAUUAAAGCCAAAAAGCUGGGAGACAUCACAGUAAAGAUCAAAGCCGAAAGCACUUUGAGAACUGAUAAAUUGAAACACAAACUUCGUGUGACACCGGAGAGCCUAUUACAUUUAAACUCGGAAACAGUAUUCAUUGACCUUGAAUCGCAUGGAACGCAAAAUUUCAACAUGCGUAUCAACAUUCCGAAGCGUGCGGAUCGAGGAUCGGUCAACAUUCAAGCAAUAAUAGAUCCUGUUUCAGCUUCGUUCAUGACAACUAUUGCUCAGAAUUUGAGCCAUUUAUUCGCAAUCCCAACUGGAACCGCUAGUUCAAGUCUACAGGCAAUAAUUCCCAACGUAGUUCUACUAGAUUGCAUCAAGGAGACAAACCUAAAGGAUCCCCUCGUAGAACAAGGAGCCGUAAACUAUCUAUCCACUGGAUACAUAAAUCUACUGAAGUACAGACAUUCUAACGGGGCAUUUGGCCAAUGGGAUCCCCCACAGAAGAAAUCAAGCAUUUUCCUAACGGCACUUGUUGCCAAUGCUUUUGCUACUGCAGCCAAUCAUAUUGAAAUCGACAAAACCAUAGUCACAAAAGCUUUUUCAUGGAUAAAAGAAAAACAGAAACAAAACGGAUGCUUCGAAGAAGUUGGAGAAAUUAUCUACGAACCCAUGCAGGAUAGUUCAUCGUCCUUUGCCCUCACGGCGUUCGUAGUUGCUGCCAUCCAGGAGAAUAAUGUAACCGCUAUCCAAUUUGGUGAACUCAUGGAGAAAGCUACGAACUGUUUGGCUGAAAACUUUCAUUCACUCACAAACGCGUACGACAUAGCAUUGGCCACUUAUGCUCUAUCUUUGACGGGACAUGCUAAACGGCAGGACUAUUUGCAUAAACUGAUCGGAAAAUUCCACGAAGCUCGUACUGGACGAUCCUGGGCCGAAGAUUUAAAGGUAGAAAUUACCGGAUACGUUCUGUUGUCUUUGCUAGCACAGAAUAUGCACCAGAAAGCUAUUCCCAUCAUGGAGUGGUUGAACGCACAACGAUACGCUACUGCAGCAUUUUCCGGCAUUCCCAGUUCUUUUGUAACACUUAAAGCGCUUGGAAAAAUAGCUGUGUAUCUACAUAAGAGAGAAACAAAUUACACGGUUCACAUAAGAAGUAAUGUUAUGCAUAGGGUAUUGACAGUCGAUAAUUCAAACUCUCAAAGCCUUAUCGCAAUUGAUUUUCCUAAUAACACACACACGCUUGAAUUUGAAAUCGAAGGUAUUGGCUUUGGUUUCCUCCAAGUGGAUUAUACAUAUAAAUUGGGCAUCCAAAGAAAAAGAGCUUCUUUUCACCUCGAUGUGAUCGUUAUGGAUACCAGUACUUACAAGAUUCAAAACCUGCAAGUGUGCUUGAGCUACGCACCGAUGUACCCUAAUGAAACUUCUGGAGUUGUCCUGGUGGAGGUUUACCUUGCGGAUGGAUUCGUAGUGUACGAGAACGCGCUCAAAGAUCAUUAUCGUCAUAUAAUAAAAACCGAACGUGUCUUCAACAACACUGCCCUGUUUGUGUACUACGAUGAAGUGAGUACAGAACAAGAGUGCUUCGAAGUUACGGCACACCGGAAGUAUCAGACCGCAUUGCACCGACCGUCCUACGUAGUAGUGUAUGACACCAAUGAUUUGGAUAAGCACGCAAUAACAUCGUACGAAGACGUGGCCCGAGAAGGAUGACUACACAUCGAUCAACUGUCAUGACCCAGCUUACAAAUUUGAUUGUUUCAACAUUAUUGUUAUAGUUUGCGUAAAUCCUAAUUUGAUAUAUAACUUUAAUGAAAUUAUAAUAAUGUAAUAAUAGGUACUUCAAUAUGGAAGACAAAUAAUUAAAAAGAACUGCACUAGCAGCAAAAAUUAGUUAGAUUCCUAAAAACUUCGGUAAGUAGAUCCAUUCUUCAAAUGUUUUCCAGAAUUGUUAUACCUACCUAUGUUUUGUGGAUAUGCGUAGUAGCGUGGUUCAAAAAAUCGUUUUUGCUCCACACCGCUUUUUCGAUUCGUAACCAGAUUCUCAGACUUCUCCCAAAAAUUGAGCUGAUUUGGUUGAAAAUUGAGAGUGCACAAGCCCUUCAAAGUUUGUAUGGGAAUUACUAUGGGAAAAGGACGUUUUUCAUUUAAUUGACCGUAGCAUUUCUCCAGGUACCUUAGAGUGUUAGUUGACCCUUGGUAGUCCUAGGCUACUCAAUCACCUACAACUUUGCCGAAGACAACAUUGAAAUCGGACGUCUCAUUAAUUAAUUAUCGAUUUUCAUCCAACUGGCGAAACAUUAACAGUGAUCGUUCAACUUCCCAGCAGGCAACAUUGCUGCUCAAGGCGCCAAAGAUAGCACACAUAAAUCAUGGCUACUAUGUUUCAAGGCGAAUUGCAGUGAUGCCCAUCCAAUAAUGUAACCAUCAUAUUCAAAGAUUUUCAUUCUGGACAAAAAUUAAUAAAUAAUUAAUGAGGCGUCCGAUUUCAAUGUUGUCUUCGGCAAAGUUGUAGGUGAUAGAGUAGCCUAGGACUACCAAGGGUCAACUAACACUCUAAGGUACCUGGAGAAAUGCUACGGUCAAUUAAAUGAAAAACGUCCUUUUCCCACAGUAAUUCCCAUACAAACUUUGAAGGGCUUGUGCACUCUCAAUUUUCGACCAAAUCAGCUCAAUUUUUGGGAGAAGGCUAAGAAUCUGAUUACGAAUCGAAUAAACGGUGUGGAGCAAGAACGAUUUUUUGAACCACGCAAGAGAUGGGCAAAACAGUUUUUUCAAGGGAACCAUUCUCAAUUGAACAGUUCCUUAGAAAGAACUAGUUCUUUUGAACCGUUCUUUCGUUCAGCAGUUUUUAUGGUUGUAUUGUGAACCGAAAUUUGACUAUUGUACGUUGCCGUGUUAUUUACGUGAUAUGUGACCAGCAGCAGUCAAAGCAAAUCCAACUUGGCAAAAAUGUAUAGGAUUUGCCAUACUGAGUAUAUUAACACAUUAUUUAUCAACUGCCGUUUUUCGACUGGCUGCAUAUUUUAUUGGACCACUAUUUUGCAAAAUGAAAAACUGAAUGAACAAUUUUGUAGUUCAUUCAUUUUCUCGUUUUUUUAGAGAACGGUGAACUACCGUUCUUUUAAAAUAAACGACCGUUCAGUCAUUAUUUCCUUAGAACUAGUUCUUCGGAACUGAUAAGCAUAAGCAUGAGCAUUAGUGACCGUACACUUUUUAGUUGCUAAUCCGUGAUUGACCUGAGCAAGCGAAACUGCACAGAAAACCAAUAGGCUUGGGGCUAGGGAUUCACACACCAUCCUCAAUGUACACUAGCCUGGUACACGGUUUAUAUGGGAAAAUACAAAAAAAUGGAAAAACUCAAGUUCUUGUAUAUUUUUUGAGUUCCACUUUGGUCCCAUAUCAACUGUGCAAAAUUUCAGAUCAAUAGGAGAAAUUAUAUUUUAGCGCCCGCCAUUUCUAGUUUUUCAUACGAUUUACUAUGGGAAAAUUUUACUCCUGCAAAGAAAAAUCGCUAGGAGUCACCCCUUGAUCCCUAAAAAUAUGUCGACAAAUGAUUUUUGUAGAAUACUUUACUAGGAAUCAGACCUCCGAAGACAGCAAAUCGAUGCGACGUUCGUGGAAAAAGUUAUUAGGCCUCACCCGAUCGAUAAUUCCUUACAUGUUAAACAGCGUUUGCAUGCCAUUCGGUUUUCAAUCAAUAACUUUUUCCACAUGCCUCAGAUCGCUUUGCGGUCUUUGGAGGGUUGGUUCCUCGUAAAAUUUCCAACAGAAAUCAUUCAUCGAUUCAUUUUCAGGGGUUAAGGGGCAACCUGUGGCGAUUUUUCUUUGAAAAAGUGAUUUUUCCCAUUUUAAAUCGUAUGAAAACUUAAAAUGGCUGGCGCUAAAAUAUAGUUUCUCCGAUCGAUCUGAAAUUUUGCACAGUUGAUAUGGGACCAAAAUGUCUUUUUGUGUCCCACGCUAAUGUACACGUUUGAGAGCUCGAACGUUAUUGGGUCAAUAACGGCGCCAGCCACGUCCUUACGGUCAACCGGGGAAAUGAAGAAAUUAGAAUUGGAUAGGCAGUCAGGUACCUGAAACUUUUGCCAGGCUUGGUAAGGUGGUAUGAACUACCAAUUAAACCGAUCUGUUUAAAAGCGCAGGUCGCACGAGAGAAGUUUCACGCAUUAUUCGUUCAAUACAUGGCCUACUUGCCUAAUUUCACCUUCUAUAAAAUUUUCACACUUGUUCGCUACCUAGCGAAUUCUAUCAUAUCUAUCAUUUCAUUAUCCACUUUGAUUUCUACUCCCUUGUAACCGUGUGUUACAAGUUUUUAAGAUUUUUAAUAUGUGCUAUAUGUUGAUUUUUGAUACUUUCACGUUCCUUAGGUUAUUAGGUGUUGGGUUAGUAGGGUUAAUUAAAUUAAAAUGUAUAAAAAUUGUAUGUUUGUUAGUAGGGUUAGCUAGAUUUAAAUUCAAAUGAUGUAAAACAUUACAACGGUACAUAGUGGGUACAAGGAGCAGACAUGUUGGAAUACACAUAGUGGGUACAACAUGAUAAGGCGGGCGUAGAUCCUAUACAAAAGGGGUGGUGGAACAAUAACUGUCUCCAUAGAGAAGGGAUUGUAAGGAUUAAGGUGUAAAAAGAAUCCGCCAUCCCUCAUUAAGUAUCUGGCGUUCGAGUGCUUCGGAUCGAUAAGAAAUUCUUAUAAAGUGUCCUAGUUGCAAUAGAAGUGAGUGGCUUGAACGAUUUGGGAGAAGAUAAGAAGUUCAUUCAGGUAUGCUUCUACUAAUAUAGUGGUUUUAAAACUAACUUAAACCUACGUUAAAGUUAGUGACUAGAUUGUGUAGUACGGUUUGUAAAAAUAUCCUCCGCAUUGCCCUCACAGGACCUUUUGUGGUACCUUAAGGUACACCACCGCCAUUUUGUACGCCAACCUAUAGGGUUGGUGAAGCACACGACUCGGCCUAGUGGUCCCUUGUUGGCCACUACGCCUAACCGUAAACGAGUAAACCCGCUCUGGUCUUGCGAGGCCAUAAUAGUUAAGGAGUGAUUCCUCGGGACCCCUAAGGGUGCCCUAACCGUAAAAGAGGACCUCUCUCGGCAGAGUCUCUCCGGCCUUGUCCUGGGCUCUGUCGAUGUCCGUCAAGGAGGGAAGACGCCAGCGAGACACGUAGAUCGCACCUUUCCGUCAAGCCGAUCUACUAUAGAUCCAGCAGCCAAUUUCCGACCACCAUUCCACCACCCAAGCCGUAAAUCCGCCGGCGGACAGGCCGUCCAGCCCGCAGCAGCAUCGGCGAGCGCUCGUCCACCGACCAAGACUUCAGACAGUGCACCACCAACAGUAGCAGUACCGGUACGUCCCCCAAAACCCUGAUAAAACCACCCACUCUACACCAUAAAUCACAAUAGCUUUCAAUAAAUUCAACCCACACCAUUCUAAGAUUUUCAAUAAAGCCAAUAGUUCAUUCAUAGUUCAACAUUUUCAAUUCCCAUAGCCUAAGUAAGGUGACAGUGUCUGCACGUUGGUCGCGGAGCCCCUCCGAUUGCCCAGUAGUAAGCCGGCCUUGAGACCCAGUUCUAAGGGUCCCUUGCUACUGCAGUUUUACCGCGAGUUUUGCCCGGGUAACACCCUUAUACUAUGAGUAGAAAGAGACCGAUAUAGCCACAAAAUCAUCAAAUUAUUAAUAGAAUACGGUCGACAAAUCAGAAUAUGCUCUUAGUUAUAUUAUUAGUUGCAUAUGAAUCAUAAUAGGUAUGAUCGUCUGACUGAUGGAGAGCAAAGCAAGCAUGUAGAGACAGAGAGUGUGAGAGUAUAAUAGAGAGCUUCUCAGUACUUUUUGAAAGCUUCCGCUCUCUGUGAAGCGAGAGUAUUGGGGAGAGUGUUAUUCGUUAUGCUUUCGGUUCACAGUAAUCACAGUGCGUUGAUAAAGAGAGUGCUCUUAGUCUCUGCGUGCAUCAGACGGAUGUCUGGUUCUACCUAUGUUCUAUGCUUCACCUUCAUAUUAUGUUGUGUCGAUUGGGUAUUGACCUAUACUCUGACUUAGGUGUUUAUUUCUAGGGAAUCUGAAAUGUGAUUUUGGGUAGGACUGUCAUUGUCGCGUUGAUAUUGAUAGGCCCACAGUGAGAGUGACAGUGGCAUCGAUAGUCAACUGUCGGAACUGAUAAUACGCAGCUCUGUAAUGACCCCUACAAAUAAUUACGUAAAUUAUGGACGCGACCUAACCUUUGAGUAAUUCAAGAAGCUUUUCAAACCGUAACGCUUUGAAAUAAUCAUUACGGACAUUCUCUAAAGCACAGAUAACCACAGUCAAAACCGAAAAACUGCAGCAAUGCUUUCGCAUGCUUGGAUGACCCUGCUUUACUGAUAUGUGAAGAGAAUUUUGUUGAGAUUGCGUGGGAAUCACACGGACUGAUAGCACUGAGUAUGUCAAAAAAAGUCCACAUUUGACUUUUUCUCUCAGUGUUCUGGCUGAUCUCCAUACGUUUGGUUUUGCGAAUGUAGAGAAGUGCCAAUCGUUGCAGUACAAUAACUAUGAACACGCUGAUCGUUCUAGUGUGUAGUGUUCUUGCUAUAGCAAAUUGCCUGGAUGCCAGGUAGGUGUUGACAGUAGGAUACGUCACAAUCCGUCGUCGAUCUAGUAGCAAUGCUUGUUUCUCUGUAUUUCAGUGUGAUCACCUUUGGGCCGAAAUACAUCCGGCCUAAACAACCCUAUAUUGUGGCCAUGGCCAAUCCACAUAG